CUUCCAUCUUGCUGCCUCUAAAGGAUAUAGUGAAUGUCUCAGGCUUAUGAUUUCACAUGGUUCAGAGGUUACAAUCCUGGAUGGAACAGGGCACAAUGCUUUGCAUCUUGCGGCCAAGAAUAACCAUGUUGACUGCGUCAAGAGACUUCUUCAGUCCAAAUGUCCAGCAGAGAACACAGAUAGCUCGGGAAAAACCGCUUUACACUAUUCAGCUGCCCAAGGCUGCCUUCAAAUAACUCAGCACCUGUGUGAACACAAGUGUCCACUUAACAUCAAAGAUCAGGAUGGAAAUACGCCUUUCUUCCUGACAGUACAAAACGGCCACUCUGAAGUAUGCAAAUACCUUCUAGACCAUGGGGCAGAUGUCAACUCCCGGGACAAAAAUGGAAGAACUGCUUUGAUGCUGGCCUGUGAAGCUGGAAACCUGAGCAUUGCCGAAAUCCUAAUCCAAAAGGGGGCAGAAAUAAAUUUGGCAGAUGCCCUUGGACACAAUGCCCUACAUUACUCCAUGCUUUCUGAAAAUACAGGAAUUCAGCGUCUCCUUCAAUCCAAAAUGGUUCAAGAUGCUGAUGCCAAGUCACCAAUCAAGUCAAAGCAGCAUGAUCAAGCCUCUAAAUUAAGUUCAGAAAGAAGUGGAACUCCAAAAAAACGCAAAGCCCCUCCACCUCCUCCCAUCAGCCCUAUCCAGCUUGCUGACCGUUCUUCAUCGCAGGCAACAACUUCAACCCCAGCAUCUGGGAAAAGCCAGCUCUUCGCCCAACAAGGAUCCAAGGAAGACACCAGUGCUAUUCACUCUGAUUGCAAAGAUGGGUUAAGUGAGAGCACUGCAGGUGCUAGUAUAUUGGAUGUGAGUUCAGGAAUAGAACAGCAAGAUUUACUCAUGAUGUUGCAAGGAAAAGUUGCUUCUUUAACAUUACAAAAUAAGAAAUUGCAAGAAAAACUUCAGGCAAGGACCUUCAAAACAGAAGAUACCGACACUACAAUGGAGUCUUCUUGUUCCACAAACACAGAAUUUGGUGCUUUGACUAAUAGGCUGAGUGAAGACUCAACAGUAGCAGCCGAGGAGAUAAGCACAUCUCCUCUGAUCCUGGCACAGGCUCAGGAAGAAGCAGGCCUUAAUGAAUUAAAAAUUAAACAGUUACAAGAAAGCUUAGAAGAAGUCCAGAAGAGACUAGAUAGUUCGGAAGCAAAGAGAUUGCACUUGGAGUCACAGCUUCAGUCUACUGUGCUGGAGGAGGGGAGUCCUUUGUUAAACAGCUCCGAAAUUUCAGAGAAUGGCACCGACCUCAGCCAGAAACUCAAAGAAUCUCAACUCAAAUACGAAGAAGCGGUGAAGGAGAUGCUGCAUGUCCAGAGACAAAUGAAACUGGACCUGGUAACUUCAGAAAGCAAAGAGCCCAACCUGCAGGAGGUCAAAACGACCUGUGAAGAAGUUGAGCUCCUGAAGGAGAAGCUGAAGAAAGCUCAAGAAGAUGAUGAAAUGCUGAAAGUGAAGGUGAAGGAACUAGAAGUAAAGCUAGAAGAAAGGGAGAGAAAAGCAGCUGGUAUCGUGUCUGUGGAGGAAUGUGAGGAGAUGAAGAAGUCUUAUUGUUCAGUCAUUGAAAAUAUCAACCAGGAGAAGAUGUUGCUGAUUGAGAAAUAUAAGGAAGGACAGGACAAAAUCAAAAAGCUUCAAGACAGGCUGAAGGCUCAGAUGGAAUUAGGGCAGAGUGAUGAAGCUGAAGAGGUGAAGGAUGCCAAGAACCAAAUGAUCAACGAACUCAACAGGCAGGUUAGUGAACUUUCUCAAAUGUACAAAGAAGCCCAGGCAGAACUUGAAGAUUGCAGGAAGAAAAGCACUCCAGAAGAUCUGAGUUCAGGAUACAUACCUCUGGAGGAAUAUGAGAAGCUAAUGGAGGCCACCGUCUCACAGAGGGAGCAAGCAGAACAGGCUUUGUUGGAAAUGAAGACACAGUACACCAACGUGCUGAGUGAAAUGACACAACUCCAGAACUUGGUUGACACUCAAAAGAAGAAUUCUGUCUCCCUCACAGAACAUCUUCAAGUAGUUACUGCUCUCCAGGCCUCAGUGAAUGAAGUGGAAGAAGAAAUAAAUGCACUCAAAGAGCAGAUCCUUCAAAAAGAGAGUGAAGUGCAGCGUCUGCAGAAGGAGUUGUUAGAAGAAGAAGCUGCGGUGUGUGAAGCCAUGGUGCCUAGAGUAUUGUACGAAGAGCUUCGGACUUCUUCAGAAAAUGAGGUCAACUCCUUGUCAUCCAAACUGAAGGAUCUGUUGAAGGAGAAGGACACUUUGUCUGCUGAUCUUGCCCAGUUGAGGAAGGAGAUCACCCAGGUGAAGGGGGAGAAGGAGAACCUCCAAGCUCUUCUCCAAGCCAAGGAAGAAGAGAUCAAAGGACUACUUCAUCAAUAUCACAAGUCUCAAGAAGAACUCCUCAAAAUGAAAAAAGCUUCUGAGAGUGCCUUAAAAAUGGAUGAAGACAAAGAUAAAAAGAUAACAGACAUGUCUAAGGAAGUUACCAAGUUAAAGGAAGCAUUGAACAGUCUUUCCCAGCUGUCUUACUCAACUGGUACACCUAAACGACAAAGUCAGCAGCUGGAGCUGUUGCAGCAGCAAGUGAAGCAGUUACAGAACCAACUGGCUGAAACAAAGAAGCAACAUCAGGAGAUAGUUUCUGUCUACAGAACACACCUGCUUUAUGCAGUGCAGGGCCAGAUGGAUGAAGAUGUCCAGAAAGUGCUGAAACAGAUUUUAACAAUGUGUAAAAACCCAUCACAAAAAAAAGGCCUUCAGAUGUCCAAUGUAACCUAGAAGCUAAUCGUAAGGAAGACAUCUUCACCUUGUUGUGUAAAGCCAGCUGCAGUGUUUUCUUUUUAUUUAUCAAGUAAUUUAUGGACUGCGAGAGCACCAGAUUUGUCAUAUGUAUUAAAUAGAUAACAUAAAAUAUAGCCAUAUACCAAACAGGAAUGGGGAACCAUAGUCCUUUUAUGACUUGUGGACUGCAACACCCAGAAUUCCUGAGCCAGCAUGGCUGGCUCAGGAAUUCUGGAAGUUGAAGUCCACAAGUAAUAAAGGGCCAUGGUUCCCCAUCCCUGUACUAAAACAAGUAAAUACUUCUGAAACAGCUGAUUGCUAAAACCUCAGUUUCAUUAUCAGGCAGGAAAUCAAACUAUCUAUGCAAAAUUUUGCAGUUCUAUUGGAAAUAGAACUUAGAAGAGGGAAAAGGGUAUUUCAAAUUGCAAGCAAGGGAUCUGAUUGAAUUCAUGAUGUUUACAGUGAGUUAUCUUAUCUCACAGUUCCAAACCUCACUUUUGUAAAGAAAAUAAAAAAAUCUUCUCUAUGAUAUAUUUUUACUGGCCCUCGAAUUUAGAAAAGCCUUUAUAAUGAAAUGUGUUUGCUAUGUAAUACUUUUUUGCGAUAGACUUUAAUAAGAAUUUACGCAAUUGCUUUCUUCGUUUUCUCCCUUUAACCCACCCACCCCCCUAAUAAAAUAGGUGGAAGUAGUCUACUCUCUCUAGAAAACUUGUACUGAAGUAGAACUGUCCAUGUAUUUUAGAUAUGUCAUUGUUUUCUUUUCCAAAAUGCUGUAACAAUUAAAGCAGAGAAAAACCUGUUUCCCAGAAAUGUUUGUUGCAUUAAAUGAAUAUGGUAUAGGGAUGAUUCUACAAAUUGCAAUGGUGCCUAAAAAUUGUUUGGCUGCUAAAGUUUAGUAAAAAUGAGUAAUAGUUGUAAUAGAUAUCCAGGUUGAUAAUAGCAACGUGAAUGAUGAUAACUGGUAGUAUUAGAGCAGCGUUACUCAGCCUUGGCACUUGAAGAUGUACGGACUUCAACCAUAAUUUGCAAAGCUGGUUGGGGAAUUCUGGGAGUGUGGAAGUCCACACAAGUCUUCAAAAUGCCUUGUUGAGAAACACCAUAUUAGAAUAUCAUUUUGGGAUAGCAAGAAGGAAUAUGUGAUACUUUUUUGUCUUCUAUUUUAAGGACAUGUUUACACUGCUAAUUGGUUUCUGGAAUCAGUUUCAAAAUAGUGUGAUCAAAUUUCAAACUAGUGUGAGCUUGCUAAGGAUGUCAUUUUAUGGCAGAAUAUCACAUCAAUAUAAGAUUCCCAGGAUUCAAUUGAUGAAUGGUAUAACUUGCAGAAUUAAGUUGAUUAAACAAAUGUACACAUCUAGUGUAAACACGAGCACUUGUAUUUCAAAAACUGAGAGUGGAUACCACAUUUUUGAAAACCACAUCGCACUGAUUAAAGUUUUUAAGCAGAAUUUGUAAAAUGAAUAACUGCAUCACUCCAGCUCUCUGUGGGUUAAUCAUAAAUACCCCAAAA